AUGCUCAAAGUGGCCGUUCUUCCCUCGUCGGAGAACUGCCUGCCGGUCUCGACCCUCAUCUCGUCCCUCCCUUAUGACCUCGCCUCCUCGCUGCACGUCCAAUCCUCCGCCGACAGCUCGACCAUAGCGCUGCUGUGGCUACCUACCCUGGCCUUGGGCAAUACUUCCUCUGCCCUUCGUGCAGUGCUCUCAACCGCGCCCAACAUCCGUUUCGUUCAGCUGCCAAUGACGGGCGUGGACGACUUUCUCCCCCUCAUGCGCGAGCUCAGAACUUCAGGUAGGGAGGUGGUGUGGUGCUGUGCCAAGGGCUGCUAUGGGGGCGUGGUGGCGGAGCAUGCUCUCGCCCUUUGUCUGGGCCUGCUGAGGGGCUUGCAUCGCUCCCCGCCGGCGGCGGGGAGAGAGGUGGAGUCGAUGAUCGGCAGACGCGUGGUGAUCAUCGGUGCUGGCUCUAUCGGUGUACGCGUUCGCACCCUCUUACACCCUUUCGAGUGCCAGGCCAGCACAACGACAUCGUCCACGACGAAAGAGCAGCUGCUUCAAGCGCUGGCCUUGGCAGAGGUCGUGUUCAUCACUUGCCCCCUGACACCCACAACCCGCGGUCUGUUCGAUGAGACCCUCUUCGCGGCUAUGCCCGCCAGCUGCGUGUUAGUCAACGUAGCGCGCGGCGAGAUCGUCGACACUCGAGCGAUGAUCUCCGCCCUUCAAGAAGGGAGAUUGAAAGGCGCCGCGCUGGACAUCGUCUCCUACCCCUCAGUUGGCAGGGAGGAGCAGGAGAGGGAAGUGCAAGAGCUGGUGCAGAGGGGGAAGCUUCUUCUGACGCCUCACUCGGCGAUACCGACUCAAAUGAUCCCGGCGCUGCUGGGCGAGAGGAUCAGACAUAAUCUGGAGGUCAUGGUAAACGGCGGGACGUUUGCGGGUCAGGUGGAUGUAGAGACAGGUUACUGA